AUGUUAUUUGAUAGUUCAGGUCCCGUUACCCAGAGCGAAAUUGAUUCAUUUAUUGGUUUUCUAGGACUGCCUUCUAGAAUACCUACAACUGCUCUGUAUAAUCAAAUAGCGAAUGGGCAAGCAGGUCAAGAUGUAGAAGCUUUAGCUUUAGUAUAUGAAAUUACUCAAAACACUCAAAUACUUGAUAGAAUGAUAACUUAUUCUGAUACUUUUUUGUCACUCCGAAAUGAUCCCGUAAAUGGACGAAUUAUGUGGACAGGACAAAGAGAGCUUAUCUGGUGUACAAAACCUAAUAAUGAAACCACCUCUGGUUACGCCGGCUCCGAAGGACUUGAUACAGUUGGGCAUAUAGCAUACACGGCUUACCAAAUCCUUAAAACACCUUGCCUUUGGAACAAAAAUGUUACAGAUAAUGAUCCUUAUAAAUAUGGUAAAACAUAUAAAGAGCGUGCGUUGACAUAUGUAACUGAAAUGGACAAAACUAUUGAUACGUAUUAUUUAAAGUAUUUCAUUCGUGAGGAUGAUUCGAGAAUUUAUAAUCCAAAUUCUUCAGCAUGGACGAAUCUUAAUGAAAUGCCAGCAAAUUCUCCAAUGCCUUGGAAUCGACAGCAAAUGAUGGCAAAUGGAUUUUUAAGAAUGGCAGAAUGUCAUGAAAUUAUUGGAGAUGAUGAAGCUCGGGUUAAUAAAUAUUUUAAUAUUAUACAGGUUUCUAUUGAUUGGAUGGUCAGCAACUUUAUCCCAGUUAAAUCUAAUAAUGGUCGAGACGUAUAUAUAUGGACUAAUUCUGAGGUAUCUAACUCUAUAGAAGAGAUUAGUACUAAUGCAAUGUAUGAUAUUUGGGGCAUGUAUAGGGCAUGGCAACGAAAAGAUAAAUUAAAUGUUAGUAAUGAUGUUAUGGUUAAGCUUGCUAACACAAUGAUGUAUGUAAUAAAUAUUGAUGAUAAUAAAAUUGCAACAAGAGUAGACGGUACAUAUGAUAAUACAACCACAACUACUUUAUAUGGACCUUGGGCAUUUUACGCAGAAUUUAUUCCUGACUGGUAUAACUUUGUCGCUAAUGUAAAUAUAGAUAAUGUAAAGGAUGGUCCACAGUAUAUAGGUGCACUUCUUUGGGUAAAAAACUCGCAUGCGUUUUUCAUCUCACCUCCUUUUGGCACUGAAAUC